CUUGACCUUUACGAAUGUCACAAGAGAGGACUCAGGGAGAUACAUCUGCAAGGUGACUGUGGAGAUACCAUCUUUAACUGUGGUUAAUGGAAGUGGUACUGUCAUCACAGUUACGGCCAAAGACAACACAAUGGACAACACAACAGGAGGUUCUACCAGCAGUCCUUCACAGCUUGCCAUCGUAAUUCCUCUGGCUGCAGUGGCUUCAUUGCUUCUCAUCGUUCUCAUCUGUUUCUGCACUCUGAGGAGGAGACGAGCACAAGCAGCCAGGGUGAUCUACGAGGUUCCCCACAUUGACUCUGAGGAGGCAGAAAUGGACAAACACAGCACCAGCUCCUCCAGAGGUUCUUCUCAGUGGUGUCAGGUACCGGUGUAUGAAUCAUUUGAUUACUUUGAACGUGUCCAGACCAAAGAAAGCGGAUGAGGAUCUACUCGGGGGAAUUUCCAGUAUUUUCUAUCCAUACUUUAAAUCAUGUAUAUAUUAUAAACGUACAUUCAUUUACUUACCUUUACCUGAAUUAUGUAAAUGAUUUUAAAUGCAUGUAAAUAUUUUAUAUUUUUCCAUAAAGUCAGUCUUUUCCAUCUU